UUCCGCUCGUUUGUAUACUCUACCAGACGACACCAGUAUGGCUACAGCCGGCAUACCGCCUACGACGCUCUCGCCCACCAAGGCCGACGGCUUCAUCUCCGCAGGACGGAACGCACCAGCCACGAAUGGUCACUACCGGAAUGGUUCCGCAACCACCUCGGAUGCCAGCUCGGAGCGCAUACAAAUUAUCAACGAUGAGAAGCAGUUCAACCCGGAGUUGACGAAGCAGAUAGAGAAGUGGGGCCUGCUCAGUGCGGGCUUUGACUACAACCUAGUAGCAGUCUUCGGUUCACAGUCUACCGGGAAAAGUACAUUGCUCAAUCGACUAUUCGGAACAAACUUCGAUGUCAUGGACGAAACGCGACGACAGCAGACGACUAAGGGUAUUUGGAUGUGCAAAGCUAAGGGGGCGAACGUCUUGGUGAUGGAUGUAGAAGGGACGGAUGGACGAGAGCGUGGAGAGGACCAGGACUUCGAGCGCAAAUCUGCUCUCUUCUCCUUGGCCUCCUCUGAGGUACUCAUAGUCAACUUGUGGGAACAUCAAGUCGGUCUGUAUCAGGGUGCGAAUAUGGGUUUGUUGAAGACCGUUUUCGAAGUCAACCUCGGUCUUUUCGGAAAGAAGACACCUGACGGUCGUAACCAACGGACGCUCCUGCUGUUCGUCAUUCGGGACCACAUCGGGACCACGCCUCUGGCCAACCUCCAAGCUACAUUGACGCAAGACAUGCAGAAGAUUUGGGACUCGUUGUCGAAGCCGCCAGAGCUCAAGGACAGGCAGUUGUCCGACUACUUUGACCUGUCGUUCUUCGCCCUUCCUCACAAGGUCCUCGUCCCUGACAAGUUCGAGGCUGAAGUCCAAGAGCUCAAGAAGCGCUUCACGGAAAAACCGAGAGAGGACUACGUGUUCUCUCCGGCUUACCAUAAACGCAUCCCAGCUGACGGCGUAGCGUUCUACAUGGAGGGCAUAUGGGAACAAGUCCAAACCAACAAAGAUCUGGAUUUGCCUACCCAGCAGGAACUUCUUGCACAAUUCCGCUGUGACGAGAUCUCAAGUGCAGCGUUGGCUGAGUUCAACGAACAGUCUAAGUCUCAGAAGAGGCCGAUCGAAUCCGGCAAGGUCGUGGAGGGUCUGGGCAAAAUGAUGCGUGCUUGGCGCAGUCAAGCCUUGGAGCGCUACGACAGGGACGCAUCCCGCUACCACCAAGGCGUUUAUAAGCGCAAGCGCGUCGACCUCAUUGGCGUCAUCGACUCGACGCUCUCCGCUCUAUUCCUCGGUCAGCUCAAGAACCUCCACAAGAGCAGUCUCGCAUCAUACAAGAAGGAGAUGCUCGAUGGCAUGCGUGGCGAAGGCUAUAACUUCGCGGAUGUCGUUGCGUCUGCCCGCGCACGUCUCGAGAAGCGCUUCCUCCAAGGCGCACAAGAAGCGCUUGUCGAAGGCACGGAUUGGUCUUAUGAAGAAGAGCUUGGUCUGCUUCGCGAAGAGGCCCGUAUUGUCGCCGAUCAGUGCAGGAAGGACGAGACCAAGAAGAUGGUCAAUGUUAUCGAGCGUAACUUCAAGAAGCAGAUCUCGGAGCCCGUCGAUGUGUACCUCAACCAGCCGUCACCUGACAUGUGGGACAAGGUUCUGAAAGUGUUUCGGGAGACACUUGACAAAGCCGAGUCGUCGUAUCUGACCAAGGCGAAGAGUUUCGAUUGCACGGAUGAGGAGAACGCGACGGCACUGACCACCUUGCGCAAGCGUGCUUGGCUGGCACUCCGUGCGAAGAUCGACGAGCAGACUGCUGACACCAUCUUCCUGGGCAAGCUCCGGAAUUACUUCGAGGAACGUUUCCGUUACGACGAGAGUGGCACGCCCCGCGUCUGGAAGCCCGACGAUGAUAUUGACACGGCGUUCAGGAAAGCGAAGGAGCAGACUCUUGAGCUUGUCCCGCUCUACUGGAAGAUCAAGCCCCUCGAUCUCUCGCUGGAGUUUACGCUGCCAUCCGAGACCUCAGAUUCACUGACGAGCACAGAAGAGUUCGACUUCCCGUCAACGCUCGUCGUGUUCUCCGAGACGAAGGCCCUUGACCUCACCAAUCGUUUCCGCAAGGACGCCGACGCGUACUACGUCGAGGCGAAGCGGAGCAUGGUCUCGAGCGUGGCGCAGAUCCCGUACUGGAUGUACGGCGUGCUCGUCGUGCUCGGCUGGAACGAGGCAAUGGUUGUGCUCUUCAACCCACUGUACUUCACGAUGCUAUUAAUCUUGCUGGUCUCGGCAUAUGUCAUUGUGCAGCUCGGAAUGACCGGCCCUGUUCUGCAAAUUCUCAAGUCUCUCUUCAGCGAGACCCACCGCCAAGUCGAAGGGCGUCUUCGCGACCACUUCUCGCAGCCACAGCUCGCUCAGCCUGUGCGCGCGUCGCGUUCACGUAGUGGUACCUCCAAUGACGAGCCCGAGAGGGAUGUCAGGCGGCGGAAUGUCGAGCCGUACUGAGCUUGAGGUUGUAGCUACGACACAAGUAAGAUCUUACAUGAUACUCGGCGGAUGGACUUAAUCAAAUGUCUUGGAUCCCAAACUUUACGUCACCCACGUACCC